AAGGUUCUUCUUCUUCAAUCGCAAUCUAGACUCUCUCUGGACAUUUUCAGCAAGACAGUCCAUAAUUGCAGUGUCCGAGCCUUCACCAUAAGUUUCUCUUCCUGCAAGUAAUUGCAGAGGAGGAGGAGGAGGAGGAGGAGGAGGAUAUGGCGGGAAACGACUGGAUAAACAGCUACUUGGAGGCGAUACUGGAUGUCGGACCGGGUCUCGAUGAUGCAAAAUCCUCCUUGCUUCUCAGAGAGAGAGGGAGGUUCAGUCCCACUCGCUACUUCAUUGCCGAGGUCAUCUCUGGUUUCGAUGAGACCGAUCUCUACCGCUCUUGGGUUCGGGCCUCUGCAACGAGGAGUCCCCAGGAGAGGAAUACUAGAUUGGAGAAUAUGUGUUGGAGGAUUUGGAACUUGGCUCGGCAAAAGAAGCAGCUUGAGAAUGAGGAAGCCCAAAGAUUAAAUAAACGCCAUCUUGAACGUGAAAGAGGCCGCAGAGAAGCAACUGCUGAUAUGUCCGAGGACUUAUCGGAGGGAGAAAAAGGAGAUUCAGUGAGUGAUGUUUCAGCUCAUGGCGAUAGUGCGAGAGGAAGACUUCCUAGAAUCAGUUCUGCUGAUGCUAUGGAGACGUGGGCUAACAGUCAAAAGGGGAAGAAACUCUAUAUUGUACUCAUAAGCAUUCACGGUCUAAUAAGAGGUGAGAAUAUGGAGCUGGGACGGGAUUCUGAUACUGGCGGUCAGGUUAAGUAUGUUGUGGAACUUGCAAGGGCCUUGGGCUCAAUGCCAGGAGUUUAUAGAGUUGAUUUGCUAACUAGACAAGUAUCAUCACCAGAUGUAGAUUGGAGUUAUGGGGAGCCAAUAGAAAUGUUGACUCCAAGAAACCAAGAUGAUUUAACAGAUGACGGGGGAGAGAGCAGUGGUGCUUAUAUAAUUCGUAUACCCUUUGGUCCAAGGGAUAAAUAUAUUCCAAAAGAACAUCUUUGGCCUUAUAUUUCUGAAUUUGUUGAUGGUGCUCUUGGCCACAUUAUACAGAUGUCAAAAGCUCUUGGGGAGCAAAUUGGUGGUGGGCAUGCUGUUUGGCCUGUUGCCAUUCAUGGACAUUAUGCUGAUGCUGGGGACUCUGCUGCUCUUCUAUCUGGUGCUUUAAAUGUUCCAAUGCUUUUCACUGGCCACUCACUUGGUAGGGAUAAGUUGGAACAGCUUCUGAAGCAAGGUCGACUGUCAAGAGAUGAAAUAAAAACAUACAAGAUUAUGCGUCGAAUAGAAGCUGAGGAAUUAGCCCUUGAUGGUUCUGAAAUAGUCAUAACAAGCACUAGACAGGAAAUAGAACAACAAUGGCGUUUGUAUGAUGGCUUUGAUCCAGUAUUGGAGCGCAAGAUACGAGCAAGGAUUAGGCGUAAUGUGAGUUGUUAUGGUAGAUUCAUGCCUCGUAUGGCGAUAAUUCCUCCUGGUAUGGAGUUCCAUCACAUAAUUCCGCCAGAUGGUGAUAUUGAAGGUGAACCAGAUGGGAAUUUGGAUCAUCCUGCUCCCCAGGAUCCGCCUAUUUGGUCUGAGAUAAUGCGGUUCUUUACCAACCCCCGCAAGCCAAUGAUCCUUGCCCUUGCUAGACCUGACCCCAAAAAGAACAUCACAACUUUGGUGAAAGCAUUUGGAGAGUGCCGUCCCCUACGAGAGCUAGCAAAUCUGACAUUAAUUAUGGGUAACAGAGAUGGAAUUGAUGAAAUGUCAAGCACAAAUGCCUCUGUUCUUCUCUCAGUACUUAAGCUGAUUGACAAGUAUGAUUUGUAUGGGCAAGUGGCAUAUCCCAAACAUCACAAACAAUCUGAAGUCCCUGACAUAUAUCGUCUAGCUGCAAAGACAAAGGGUGUUUUUAUCAAUCCAGCUUUUAUUGAGCCAUUUGGUCUUACGUUAAUUGAGGCAGCUGCUCAUGGUUUGCCAAUUGUUGCAACGAAAAAUGGAGGUCCUGUUGAUAUUCAUCGGGUACUUGACAAUGGUCUACUUGUGGAUCCCCAUGAUCAGCACUCUAUUUCAGAUGCUCUUUUGAAGCUUGUUAGCAACAAGCAAUUGUGGGCAAAAUGUAGACAGCAUGGGUUGAAGAAUAUUCAUCUAUUUUCAUGGCCUGAGCAUUGCAAGACUUACCUGUCUAAAAUAGCCACCUGUAAACCAAGGUAUCCACAAUGGCUGCGAAAUGAUGAUGGAGCUGAAAGUUCAGAAUCAGAAUCACCAGGUGAUUCCUUGAGGGAUAUUCACGAUUUAUCUCUAAACCUGAAGUUUUCACUGGAUGGAGAGAGGAGUGGGGGUGGUGGAAAUGAUACCUUGGAGUCUGAAGGAAAUGCAGCUGACAGAAAAACUAAAUUAGAGAAUGCUGUGUUUUCAUGGUCAAAGGGCAUCUCCAAGGAGACACGCAAAUCUGAUCAAAAUACAAAUGCUAGUAAAUUUCCACCACUGAGGAGGAGAAAACAUCUGUUUGUCAUUGCAGUUGACUGUGAUACUACUGAAGGUCUUCUUGAAACCAUUAAAGUGAUUUUUGAGUCUGCAGAAAAGGAGAGGGCUGAAGGCUCUGUUGGGUUCAUUUUGUCAACAUCCUUAACAAUAUCUGAGAUACACUCAUUCCUGGUCUCGAGUGGCUUGAGCCCUAAUGAUUUUGAUGCUUAUAUUUGCAAUAGUGGCAGUGAUCUUUACUAUCCCUCCCUCACUUCUGAAGAUCGUGCCUUUGUGGUUGACUUGUAUUAUCACUCACAUAUUGAAUACCGUUGGGGUGGGGAAGGGCUGAGGAAGACUUUGGUACGUUGGGCAGCGUCAAUCACUGAUAAGAAGGAUGAUAUUGAGGAGCAAAUUGUGACUCCUUCUGAACGGCUCUCUACUGACUACUGUUAUGCUUUCAAGUUGCAAAGCCAGAAAAGGUAACUUGUUCCCCCUGUGAAGGAACCGAAGCUUCUGAGAAUCCAGGCUCUACGCUGUCAUGUUAUUUAUUGUCAAAAUGGGACAAGAAUGAAUGUAAUUCCAGUAGUGGCAUCUCGUUCCCAGGCCCUCAGGUACCUCUAUGUUCGAUGGGGUUUUGAACUGUCAAAGAUGGUGGUGUUUGUGGGAGAAUGUGGUGAAACUGAUUAUGAAGGAUUGCUUGGUGGUCAACAUAAAAGUGUUAUACUGAAGGGAGUGGGUAGCAGUGCAAUCAGCCAACUCCAUGACAAUAGAAGCUAUCCUCUUUCAGAUGUCAUUGCACUGGACAGCCCCAACAUUGUUGAGGCAAGCGAAGGCAGCAGCAGUGUGGACAUCCGGUCCCUGAUAGAAGAAGUAGGAUUUCUCAAGGACUGAGAAUAACCUUUGCUCAGUCAUGUCUCUUCUGCGAAACAUAUCUUCAUUCUUGUUUUUGUUCUUGAAAAUGCUGACUGAGUCCUCCACUUUCCUCCUUUGCAACUUGCGUACUCAUUCUCUCAUCCUUCACCACCACUCUGCCCCAUGAAGCUUGUUUUGGCUCCAGCAUGUUUGUAUAUAUGCUUUUCAAUAAAAGAGCAACUUCCAUUUCGAUCAGUUCGCCGCUUUUCUUUUCCUGGACGUUGUGAUGACCGCUCUCUCGCGAUCUCAUUAUCUCCGGAAGUACAUGUCUUGUACUGUCUUUGAUCUUUUUCCUGUCUCUACUUCAUCUACAAUGGCAACUUAGGAUGUUGCACAAUAAGAAACAAGCAUAUAUAAAAGGGAUCCAUCGUCAAUCUGUAAUUGAACACUGUUGGGAUAAAUGACGGGUUAUUUGCAGUUGUAUGUGCUUUAUUUUAUAGAGGAACAAGAUGGUUCCCAUACGGACAAGUGAUGCCUAGAAAAUUUGUUACGUUUAUUUGUAUUGUCUUCUGAAUUUACCAGAGAAAUAUAUUUUAUUCAUUAUUCUCUUUUAA